UCGAAAAUCCCUCUCCUUCUCUCUCUAGGGUUUUCGUGUCUGUCGCACCCAAAAUUGUACUGGGCGAGCUGAUAAAUUCGACUGCUGAUCUAGCUUGAUGCUGCGUCCAUCAAAAUUUCCGUCUUUCGGCUUCGUUUCUUGCAAGAGGCGUUGAGAAUCGAUACUGCCCGGGAUUGGAUCGUGGGGCUGGGUCUUCAAAGGGGAACACUUGUGCUUCUAGCUGGAGACGGGCAAAGCAUAGUCAAGAAUCAUCUUUAAACGGCGAUUCUAUACUGUGAUCGAGUUCAUGAGAUCAUACGUCAAGAUUGAUUCACUCUAUAUAGACCUUACUGAUUACUUUGACAAGACUAGUGAUCCAGGAAAAUGUGAACAUUUCUCAAUGCGUGGAUAUGUAUCUGAAAUUCGCCAAAAAGACUGGAAAUCGUGUUGGCCAUUUGCAAUACAAGACAACCAUAAUGAGUCUGAACAAUCACCAUUGCUUCCACCAUGUGAUGCACCAAAAUUAAGUUGUCGAAGCUUUCAGCAAGAGCUUGCUUCUGAAGGCAGUCAUAAAGAUGAUGGAAAAGACCUCAACUGUUGUACUGCAGCUCUCAAUUCUGAUACUCAGCAAGCUCCAAUUGCUGUCACUUUUGAGGGAAAGGAAAUUGAUCUUAAUAAUUCAACUAACCUGAGUAAUGGAAACGAUCAUGUAGCCAUUAGCAACGAGAAAGAAAAGAAAGCUGACGUUGAAGACUGCAGAAUAAACAAUGAGAUUUCCUUGGAGGGCCUUAACCAUCAGAUAUCUAGUGUUUCAUCACCAAUACUUUGUGGAGGAAUGAGACAGGAACAACAAACAAAUAACAAAGGUGGGGAAGGCAAAGAAGUUUUUGAUGUUAAGCUUGAUCCGGGCAAUCUCAAGUGCAAGGAUAAGAGUUCUGCUGAGACUUGCAAUGGAGGAAAGCCUAUCGUUGCUGAUAAUCAAUGCCCAAAAGAGACGGAAAAAGCUUGUGAAGAUUCGGAGAAAGGCACCUUACUUACUGAGGCAGACAAAAUAGUUGAUCACACAGCAGGACUGCCUCCACCAGAUUCAGUUGCUUGCCAUGAAGUUAAACAAGGAAGCAUUGAUAAUUUGGUCAAAAACGAAUUUCAGGAUCAACAUCUUGGAAAGUCAACUGGUUUGCCUCGUAAGAAACCGCGAAAGGUGCGCCUGCUAACUGACUUAUUGAGUGGAAAUGGUGAGACAAAGACUGAGCAAAUCACUGUACAAGAAUCCCCAUCUGAAGGUUCUUCAAGUCACCAGGGUAAGACAAAUGAUCAAGGAGAUUUGACAAAAAUGGCUCAGAGUAGGAAACGGAAGUUUAUUGUGGAUGAGGAGCAGAUGGUUGAGAUUGAACCUGAAAGCUUAAAGGAAAACACAGAAGCCAUUGACCCUGUUUUGAAUAAUGGUUCUGAAGAUGUAUGUGCAGGAGUAAGUACCCCAGAUGUUGUGAAGAACAAUGGGUGUAAGCCAGAAACUGAAAGAAGCCAUAUGACAGGGAUUAAGAAGAACAAAAAGAUCCAAAUUUUCAGCAAUCACUUCAUAUCUGAGUCUCAGAAAGGGAAGGAAAAACAAAAUCAGGACAAAAUGGAUUUUGCAAAUGACGGGUAUGCUUCUAAAACUACUUCCAAAUUGGCUCCUGCUCCCGCAUUCACAGAGAAAGGGGUGAGUAAUUUUCCUUUGCAUGCUCCAAGAACAGAAAAUGAGUCCAAAUUUUCCAAAGGAAAAGGGAAGAUGCUGCAAGUUGAUCAAAAUCUGCCUUCUCCUUGUUGCCGAAAUGGUGGCAUGCUAGUGGAAAAUUCGUUUGCACAUCAAACAGCCAAAGUAACGCCAAAUAUGGCUGCAACUAUUCCAAAUCAUUCUGCUGAAGGUUUAAUGAAAGAAAAAUGUGUGGAAGAGGGACUGCAUCUUUCUCUGAAGAGUUAUUUGGCAACACAGGAUUACAGCAAAAUAUGUAUCCAUCAGAAUGAAAAUCGGCUACCUUUCUCAUUGUCUUCUCAAGAAGGCACCUCUAGAACACAUCAGUUUGUUAGGAAAGAAUGGGAAACCAAUGUUGGAAAGCCAAUCAUUCCUUUCGAGUGCAUAACAGAUGAUGUUUCUGGAAAAAGAGCUCGUUUUGAAGAAAUUGCUGGUGCGAGAAACGUGGAAGAAACUGCUGAAGCUCUAGCACAAGUAGGUAUGUUUAGCAGAUACAAUGAUCGAACACCAGACACGGGUUCUGAGCAGGAGUCAGAAGAUGAUGACGAUGACUAUGACGACGAUAAUGACGAUGAUGUACCCAUGGACAUUGUAGAUUUCAUGGCCAGGUUUCAGUACUUGAGAGGUCUUCCUGAUACAAAAAUUGAGAAACGGUUGAAAAGGUCCAAUACCAAGAGAAGAUCAAAAGUUGGCAAUACUAUCAAUGGGAAAGGGGAGCAGAGAUUAUUGAAAGAUGACCAGAAGGAAAUAGCAAGGGGACGCGGGGAAAAUGUUAUGGUCAUGAGAGGAAAGAAUGUGAGGUCCCGUGAAAGAAACACUGUUCAUGGCUUUUCUUCAUCCAAAGGCAACCCAUUGAAUUUGAAUAGUCUCUCUCAAGCUUCCCUCUAUGGGAUUGAAGCUUCCCAGCCCCAGAUGAAGCCAUCAGGUGUAUUCCAUUUUUCACCCCUAAGUUCCAGCCAACUUGGUAGUGCUCGAAAUCAUAGGUUAAAUAGGAUUACUGCAGAGUGUGGGUCCUCUAAUCCUACAUCACAGUCCCGGGGAGGAUGUAGCCUGCAUCAGACUAUUUUACAACAGGAUGAUAAAGCUUCUCGUGUUUGGGAAUCCUUGACUCCGAAUCCUGUGUCCCUAAGAUAUGAUAUUUUUGAAAACGGUGUUAUUUCCCACUCUACAAGCACCAAGGAUAUGCAGAAGCAGAACGUGAAGAGGGAUAUUGACAUCAACUGUAUAAAUUUGAAUCCUGUUGACUAUGAAAAGCUUAAUAGGGAAAGGGCUCCCGGACCCUUGAGCGGGAUGAAUGCAGAAUACCCAUUUUCUUGCAAACAUGUUGGGAUUGAGCCCCCUCAAAAUCUAAGGGAAUCCCGGCACAUGUAUUCCAACGAGACGAUACCAGCCAUGCAUUUACUUAACCUUAUGGAUGCAAGCAAGCAGUGUCGUACACCCUUCAAUACAAGUGUCAAUUCUCAAAUGCUUAAUAGGCCUUUAUAUCCCGGUGACUCCCAUGCCAAGUUGGAGAUGGGUACGACAUCUAAGGCUUCCCUUGUUGGUUCCCUGAAACGGCCACCAUCUGAUCAUUUUAAUAAAAGUUACCUACCAGAUAAACAACAUGGCUGUUUUGGCUUUCCAACGCUUGGUGCAUCCUCAUCAGUUGGACAGGGUGAGAAAGUUGUUACUAGUUUCAAUGGUCGAAUUCCCUCCAAGUCUGGAAUGAAAGAUAAGAUGAAGAGCUCCAACUCAGCCAUGCAUAAUAGAGGAAAUACUCAGCAGCUUAACUGGCCAUAUCUUGAAAAGGAAACUUCACUGCAACGUCAAUUCAAAAUCCAUGAUGCUUGUGGAACCUCAGUGCCCGUGAGAAACAGUUCUGGGUCGAACACAUGCAGCAUCAACAGAAACCCAGCUGAUUUUACUGUGCCGGAUGCCAGGAAUGUGUAUAUGAUCAAGGGUGAAGACUUAAAAUUUGAAGAGGCAAGUACGUCCAGAAACAGGCUCGACAUGCUUGCUUUGCAUAGUUGCAGACAGCUGAAAAACUUGAAGCCAAGUAAAUAGAAAGAACACGAGAGACAAUGAAGUUCGUAGAACCUGAUAGGCGGUGGCUAUCCAGCAUGUCUUUUUAACUUUUAUGUUGUUUAUAGAAGUAUGAAGUCUCCCUUAUAAACUCUUGUUACAACUUCAAUAAUAUUAAGUUAUUUGGUGCACUAAUUCGCAUGCUUAAGAGA